GAGUUUGAAGGUGUCCCACUUGCUGCUGCUCGGCAUCCCCUCCCACACAUUCCUAAAACAAAAUUCAGAUGUGUGCGUAGGAUCAAUCUUUCGUCGCGUCCUUUCGUUAGUCAGGUUGUCCGAUUUGUGCUGAUUUUUCGAGGCUCGGCCAGUCGUGGACACCAUGAAGCCGAGCUUCUACAAGGUGGACAUAAACCGCACGGAAUGGGAAGUGCCUGAGAGGUACCAGAUGCUGUCGCCUGUUGGGUCAGGCGCCUACGGACAAGUUUGUUCGGCUGUGGACAAUCAGACGGGUAUCAAAGUGGCCAUCAAGAAAUUAGCCAGGCCGUUCCAGUCAGCCGUUCACGCCAAACGCACCUACCGUGAGCUUCGCAUGUUGAAGCACAUGAAUCAUGAAAAUGUGAUUGGUCUCCUUGAUGUUUUCACGCCCUCCAAGAACCUUGAAGAGUUUGACCAGCUAUACCUGGUGACCCAUUUGAUGGGAGCAGACUUGAACAAUAUUGUACGGACACAGAAACUGUCUGACGAUCACGUCCAGUUCCUUGUCUACCAAAUCCUUAGAGGUCUCAAGUACAUCCACUCUGCAGGCAUCAUUCACAGGGAUUUGAAACCGUCCAACAUUGCUGUCAAUGAAGACUGUGAGCUGAAGAUCCUGGACUUUGGCCUUGCGCGUCCCACUGAAAAUGAAAUGACAGGCUAUGUGGCCACCAGGUGGUACAGAGCGCCUGAAAUCAUGCUCAACUGGAUGCACUACAACCAGACAGUUGACAUUUGGUCCGUGGGCUGCAUCAUGGCGGAGUUGCUGACGUCUAGAACCCUAUUUCCAGGGACUGAUCAUAUCGAUCAUCUAACGCGCGUUCUUGUCAUGUGUGGCACUCCACAGGCUGACAUGCUAGCUAAAAUUACCAGCCAAGAGGCUAGAAACUACAUCCAAUCGCUGCCAGUGCUGAAGAAGAAAGACUUCAAGGAAGUGUUCAAAGGUGCCAACCCUUUGGCUGUUGACCUCAUUGAAAAGAUGCUGGAACUAGACGCAGAUAAGCGGAUCAACGCAGAGCAGGCGCUAGCGCAUCCAUACCUCUCACAGUAUGCCGAUCCUAGCGACGAGCCGGUCUCGCCAGUCUACGAUCAAAGCUUUGAGGACAUGGAUUUGCCGGUGGAGCGAUGGAAAGACUUGGUGUACCAGGAGACUGUCAACUUUGAGCCGCAACGGCCACCCCAAGCAGCUGCUUAGAUUAACAAUUAGGACACGCGUCCAGUGAAAUGCCUAUACGGCUUAUUUGUUCGUUUUUUCCUGUUGAUUCCCCGAUAAGACCGAUUUUUUUUUACUCGAACGCAAAGUCGCAGCGUCACUACUAAGGUAGGCGAAAAGCAGAGUUUGUGAACUUAGAAAAAUUAUAAUUAGCGAUCGCAGGAGGUGCUAGUGUUAGGUUGAAUUUUUAUUUUAAUGCACAUGUGCCAUCAUGUCACUUUAUAGUGGGCAGUACAAAGUACUUAAAUUACCGCCAGCGCCUCCCAGCAGUUGCAUUAAGCAGUAUUGAAAGUGGAUAGCUUUUGGAUUCACUCUGAGUGAACAAACACGAAUUGGUUACUCUAAAAAUUGUUUUUCUAUUGGCCGUUUAUUAUUUGAACUAACAGAGCUGAUGAAUUGUGAGAGCAUCAUGUGAAAAAUGCACAAGGUUGAUUAAAGCCUUCAAGAAAAAUACAGCUAUUUUUAAAUAAUUUGUUUUUAACUUUUAUAUUUUGCAUUGCGCGCGGUUAUGGUAGUUGCCACUCCUCAAUUUGUUAUAAACUAUUUUCUUAACCUGAAUAUUACAAAUUACAAAGAAUGGAAAGAAACAAUAAAUUUUAACAAUCUUGAAACAAA